AUGGCCCAAAACGUGCUCGCGAGCAAGCUGUCGAUUGACAAGCUGGAGCUGAAGGACAAGCGCGUCCUGGUUCGCGUCGACUUCAACGUGCCGAUGAAGGACGGGAAGAUCACCAACAACCAGCGCAUCGUCGCCGCCCUGCCCACCAUCAAGUACGCCCUGGAGAAGGGCGCCCGCUCGGUGGUGCUGAUGAGCCACCUGGGCCGGCCGGAUGGCGCCCGCAUCGCCAAGUACAGCCUCCGCCCGGUGGCCGAGGAGGUCAGUCGCCUGCUGAACAAGAACGUCACCUUCCUCGGCGACUGCGUGGGCCCCGAAAUCGAAGCGAGCUGCUCCGCUCCAAACACCGGCACGGUGAUCCUCCUGGAGAACCUGCGCUUCCACCUCGAGGAGGAGGGCAAGGGCGUCAACCCGGAGACCGGGGAGAAGGUGAAGGCGCCCGCGGCCGACGUGGAGGCCUUCCGCGCCUCGCUCACCCGCCUCGGCGACGUCUACGUCAACGACGCCUUUGGCACCGCCCAUCGCGCCCACUCGAGCAUCGCCGGCAUUGCCCUGCCCCAGCGCGCCUGCGGCUUUCUCAUGAAGAAGGAACUGGACUACUUCAGCAAGGUCCUCUACAGCCCCGACCGCCCGCUGCUGGCGAUCCUCGGCGGCGCCAAGGUCAAGGACAAGAUUCAGCUCAUCGAGAACCUCCUCGACAAGGUCAACGAGAUGAUCAUCGUCGGCGGCAUGGCCUUCACCUUUCUGAAGGUGCUCAAGGGCAUGGCCAUCGGCGCGUCGCUCUUCGAUGCGGAGGGCGCCACCAUCGUGCAGAAGCUGGUGGACAAGGCGGCGGCGAAUGGCGUCCAGCUGCACCUUCCGGUGGACUUUGUCACCGCGGACAAGUUCUCGGAGACGGCGGCGGUGGGCGCGGCCACCGUCGAGUCGGGCAUUCCCGAUGGCUGGCUGGGGCUCGAUUGCGGCCCGGCCAGUGUGGAGCUGUUUAGUGGGCCGCUGGCCCGCGCGAAGACGGUCAUUUGGAAUGGCCCCGUGGGCGUGUUUGAGUUCGACAACUUCGCAAAAGGGACGAAGGCGGUGAUGGACGCGGUGGUGGCGGCCACCUCGAAGGGCGCCACCACCAUCAUCGGCGGCGGCGACACCGCCACCUGCUGCGCCAAGUGGGGCACCGAGGAGAAGGUGAGCCACGUCAGCACGGGCGGAGGGGCCAGCCUGGAGCUACUUGAGGGAAAGCUGCUGCCCGGCAUUGCCGCCCUCUCCGAGGUUUAG